CUGCAGGCUGGAUAGGUAUCUUGUAGCAAGUAAGAUCAUAAUCAUGGCGGCGAUGCAGAGCGGCAAUGAUGAUCUGGUGACGAAGCUGCUCCACGCCUACGAUGAGGAGGACGAACGUGGCCUUGUUCACGGGGCAGACCUGGACGACAUCUUCCACAUCCUCGGCGCCAACAAGGAGAGGAUCCUCCGAGCUUUGGCGCCGGAGGCUGAGAAGAAAGCAGAGCUGCCGGAGGGGGAGAAGAAGGAGGAGCUGCCGGAGGUGGAGAGGAAGGCGGAGCUGCCGGAGCUGCUGCGCAACAUCGACUUAGCGCACCGGCAAUGGAAGGAGCGCUCCACGCAGCAGCAGCAGCCUGCGUCGAGCAAGAAGAAGGCCAUGGCCAUAGCGUCGGUGAUGAGCGACUGCAACCCUUUCAAGUCCAAACCAUCUUCAUCGCCGACACCGCCGCAGCAGGACGCCGGCGCCGGAUCAGGGCCGGCGAUCUCCCUGGAGGACUUGCUGAAGCAGACCAAGGAGAUCCUCGGCAACGCCGGUUUGAAGGAGGAGACGGUGUACUACGAGUGGACGACGAGCUACGUGGACGAGAGCCGGAUCUACGGCUGGGAGGAGGACGCGGGCAAUGUAGUCGACGCCCUCGUCGGCGCCGUCAACGAAGAAGAAGACGACCAAGUGCUGUUCAGGGCGGCGGGCAUUGCCGGGAUCCACGGCAGCGGGAAGACGGCUUUGGCGCAGAAGGUGUUCGUCCACGACCGCGUCAAGGACGCCUUCCCGCUCCGGCUCUGGGUCUGUGUCGGCCCGCCGGACCACUUUGACCGCUUCUGCCUCCUCUACCGGAUGCUCGACAACCUCGGCCUCGACACCGGCAAGCUCGAGUCCAUCGUCGACUCCGCCGCCGUCGUCGUCAACGCCGGCGCCGACGAACACCGCAGGACCGAGGCCAAGAUCGGCGUGCUGCUCUUCGUGCUCUACACGACGUUGUACAAGACCGGGUACCUCAUCGUGUUCGACGACAUCAGGGCGCACGGCGGUGACGGCGGGUGGUACAGCAACCUGACGCUGAACCCGCCGAAAGACGGCGAGUGGUACGAGCGGCUGGCGUACGGCUUGCCCAAGGCGAGGAAGAGCGCGGUGCUUGUGACAUGCCGCCGGGAGGAGGACGCGAGGAUCAUGGUGCGCACCGGCGGCGUGUUCCGGCCGCCGGAGAUGGGGGUGGAGGAAGGGUGGAGGCUUUUCAAGCGGGAGUAUGAGGCGGCGAAGAAGAAGAAGGAGGCGAGCGGGUGGAGCUGGAAGGAGGAAGAAGACAAGCUGUACAAGGAGCUGGAGGAAAUGAAGACGGAGAUCGUCGGCAAGUGCCUCGGCCUGCCCGUCGCCAUUAUCGAGGCCGCCAAGGGCUUCUCCGUCCUCGAGCAUCAGCCUGGUGGAGAAGAUGAUGUCGCCGGGCCGGCGGAGGUGAAGGUUAGAGGGGUGGAGGAGGAGGAGACGAGCAAGAUCCAAGUUGCUCAGACGACGCCCACGGAGCCAGCUGAUUAAGUGACUCUCUUUAAUUUGCGUGUUUGAAUGUUUUGUUUCUCACUGAUUGACUGUUGAGGGUGAUUUUAUUCUUGUUGUGUGCUUAGUUUUUAAUUUACCAUGGAGCUUCGAUAUGGUGUAAUUUUUGUUUGACCUGCCAGGGUUGUCUUUUCAUGCAGAGACUUAUGUAUA